AUGGAAGCUCUGUUCUCGGAGUUCACAUUCCUGUCGGACCAGGCCCUGCGCGACAAGACCUUCGAUCCCUCCACAAUCGAGGAUCUCAUGAAGCUGUUCGAAGUCGAGGCGUACCGGGCUUGGGCCAAUCUCGAGCUCCAGGCCGAGAACGAGGCCCAAGAGGCCCACGACGAGAUGAGGGAGUCCGAGGAGUAUCUGGACUCGGUGAUGGACAGCGCCAUGGCCGAAUUCCGCCGCUUCGAGGAGGAGAUGGACCGAUCUGCCGCCGCCGAGCAUGACAGCCUGGUCAGCCUUGCCGACAACGCCCGCAAAUUGGGGAAAAACCUCGAAAAGGCUGCGUCUUUUGCUGCUAACAAGUAUAUUGAGGCGGCUGUCAAUUCUGCUACUGCUUCUAUGAGAUCCGCUGUAAGGGCAAUUUCGUCCAACUCCAAAAAGGCAUCGAAAACUCCUCUAAGCUCCAAAGACGAAAAGAAGUCAGCUCAAACUUCGAAUGCGGUGGAGUCGUCAUCUGGCCAGAGAAGUGUUACCCCUCCUCCUGUAGCUGGGAUGCCUAAUCCGUUUGAUUUUUCAGCUAUGUCAGGAUUGCUUAAUGACCCGAGCAUCAAGGAAUUAGCCGAACAGAUAGCAAAAGACCCUUCUUUUAAUCAGAUGACAGAACAACUGCAGAAAACCUUUCAAGGUGCUUCACUGGAAGAUGGUAUUCCCAGCAUUGAUACACAACAGUAUUACUCAACCAUGCAACAAGUAAUGCAAAACCCACAAUUUAUGACCAUGGCAGAGAGGCUGGGCAGUGCAUUAAUGCAGGAUCCAGCCAUGUCUGGCAUGCUUGAGAAUUUGGUAAAUCCAGCCAAUAAAGACCAACUUGAAGAACGAAUGGCGCGCGUGAAGGAGGAUCCAUCUUUGAAGCCUAUCUUGGAUGAAAUCGAGAAUGGUGGACCUGCUGCAAUGAUGAGGUACUGGAAUGACAAGGAUGUUCUCCAGAAACUGGGGGAAGCCAUGGGAUUUGCUGUCGGGGGAGAAAGCGGAACAUCAGCCGAAGACGAAACAGAGGAAGCAAAUGAGGACGAAUCCAUUGUCCACCACACUGCCAGUGUUGGUGAUGUAGAGGGCUUAAAGAGUGCUCUAGCUAAUGGUGGCAAUAAAGAUGAAGAAGAUUCUGAGGGAAGAACAGCGUUACACUUUGCAUGUGGUUAUGGCGAGAUUAAGUGUGCCCAAGUUCUUUUGGAAGCUGGUGCAAAAGUGGACGCUUUGGAUAAGAAUAAGAACACACCACUCCACUAUGCCGCUGGCUAUGGCCGAAAGGACUGCGUGGAGCUUCUACUGAAAAAUGGAGCUGCUGUCACUCUUCAAAACUUGGAUGGGAAAACGCCUAUUGAGGUGGCUAAGCUAAAUAACCAGAAUGACGUGGGGAAAGUUCUUGAGAAGGACGCAUUUCUAUAAGUACACUUUGUGCUAGGACUCCAUAUUUGAUGGUGUAUGAUUAUAAUAUAGUUUCUGGUUUUUUAUUAAAAAAUCAUUACUGUUUGGGUUGAUGAAUGGGCUGUGUUUUCUGGGGAGUGCUUGGCAUUUUUGUUUUAGGCUGAGUUUUUGCUGAUUUUGCCUGCCAUGAAUGAGUAAUGACCACCAACACCUAUAGUUUUACCGGUGCAAUCGAUAUUAUAUUGUUUUGAAAAAAGAUAUUUCCCUAUAAAAAGUUAAAAUAAUGUGGAAUACAAUUGGGGAUGAAGAAUGAAUAAUUCAUUUUUUUUA